GUUGGUUUAUUUGCUGGAGACAGCCUGUCACCAACAAAUCCCCGCCUCUCUCUCCUCCCCUCCCUCUCUCUCUCUCCCCCUCCUCUCCCACAUUACCUUCCAUACCUUACGUUCUCUCUCUCUCACUGUGUGUCUCUCUCUCUCCAAAACCUCUCUCUCUCUCUGAGUCUCUCUCUUAGGGUUUGAAAUCUGCUCCAGCGGCCCCUGAUUCGUCGUUGUCCCACAACAGAUCGAGCCUCUAUGCCUCGUGGUUUGACAUUGCGGUUCAUUUCGGAGCUUAUGCGUUAAGGUUCAGAAAUGUUUAUGUGGGCUUGAUCAGGAUGUGUCUUAAGUGCAAGGACUUACUGUUGUUGACAGCAAUGCUCAGUAUUUCAUUAUAGUCGAGUUACAGAGUUGCUUUACUCUCACUGGUCAACCGAGAUUUCUGCUGAGUGGAUUUCUGAUUGAUCAUCCCUGGACUUAUAUAUGGUUUUUUGGUGUCAACAUUGGGCUGUAGAUAUUGUUGUGCGAUUGGCUCUUUCCAUUUUCAUUUGCUGAGAAGUCAUUCACAUUCCAUAAGGUUUUUCAGUGUCCAUGCUGGCAGAGAGCAUGCGUGGAAUCUGCGGUUUGGGUAAUGCCCCUGACGAGAGUUGUUGCUGAUGCGCUCGGUGUGUUGACAAUUUGCCUUGUUGCUCUCUUGGUCCUUCUUGGCUUGUUCUGCAUUUUGUAUUCUGUCUACUUCCGCUCUCACAUCCGCACUCCAGGUUUUAUUCAGCUCAGUUAUUUCAGUCGUCCUUGGAUCAUCCGAAUUGUAUUCAUCCUGUUUGCAAUCUGCUGGGGUUGUGGUGAGAUUGUUAGAUUAAAUCUGUUGAGACAGGAGGGCAGCGCAUCGAAUGUUCUGAUCUCAAAAUGGCAGGAAACUGUUUGCAAAAUUUAUGUUGUUACAAACCUAGGGUUUGCGGAACCUUGUUUGUUUCUCACCCUUGCAUUUCUCGUUCGUGCGUCCUUAUCAAAGACCGAGUCAGGUACAUUGAGCCAAAAAUGGAAUCUGAAAACAGCAGGUUACGUUCUGCUGUGUUGCGUCCCUUUGUUUGUUCUUCAGCUUAUUGUUGUUCUAAUUGGACCAGAGAUUUAUGAAGGAGAGAGCUUUAUGAGCAAAAAAGCACACUAUACGGCUGCUGCAUACGAGAUGGAGGACCGAAACGUUGCCCUUUGCACCUACCCUUUAUUGAGUACAAUCUUCCUUGGUCUUUUUGCUAUUGUCCUAACUGCUUAUUUGUUCUGGCUCGGUAGGGGUAUUCUAAAUUUGGUCAUCAAUAAGGGUUUGCAAAAAAGAGUUUACGCAUUGAUACUCUCUGCUUGCAUUUUCUUUCCAUUAAGGGUUUUACUCCUUGGUUUAACCGUUCUAUCUAGGCCAGAGCAACUUUUGUUUGAAGCUCUUUCAUUCUUGGCUUUUCUUUCCCUUUUAUGCUGUGUCGGGGUGGAUAUUUGCAUCCUCGUCUACUUUCCAGUUGCUGAUUCUUUAGCUUUGAGGAAAUUACACGACAUUGAGGCUAGGAGAAGGAUUAGUGAUGAACACCACAUCGACACUGUUUCACUAAUUGCUAACCGAAGCCCUCUGGAAGAAAUUACGGAAAGCCCUAGGAGAAGUUCAGUCACUUCUGCGAACCGUGGUUCCAUUUCUUUUCGGACUACUAUGGAGAGGGGUGAAUCCUCGGGGGAAUUUGUGGAACUGGGCCUUCUCUAUCCUAGCCAGUCUUCAACAAUUGCAGGGCCGUCCCGACUUCUUGGCUGGCCUAUGAUCUCUCCGACACAAGGUCACGAAGUUCGUGAAUUGCAAACGGGAAGUGAGAAUUUGUGGUAGAGCUCAUUUUUGUGGUGUGUAAAUUUUUUAGUUGCAAUAAUACUGCUAUCUUUUCAGUUUUGUUUUUCAUUUGAUAUAUAUUCAAUGGUUUGCCUGCUACUGGCUUAAAAUUUUUU